AUGCCAGCGGGCGGGCGAGAGGCAGCCACGCGAACGGGCCAGGGAUGCCUCUCCCCCAUCAACUCCAUCUUCCUGCGUUGCUACCAAGACGCCAAGACCGUGGCCAGGCUGCAGGAGAGCAUCGGGGACUUUGAUGAGGCCCGCACCGUCGUGUCAAAGGUGGUGCGUGACGAGCGCAACCAGCUGGCUGCCCGCACCCGCGCCGCCAUGCAGAUCUUCUAUGCCGCCGACCGCGGCGGGCUGGGCGGUCUAGCGCCGUACAUCGACGGCAAGGUGGACCGUGAGCUGGCCGAGGAGGUGCUGGCAGGUGCGAUGGCUCCCGCCUGCAUGUCGGAUGCGGUACUGCUCCUCCGACGACUCGGGCUACCCUCGCGCCACGUGGUGCAUCUUGCGUAUGCCAUCAAGCGCGAGAAGCUGCCCGAGGCGGAGGACAUUGAGGACAUGGGCCUGCCUGCCCCGGCUGUGGCCUAUGCUGAGCUGGCAAUUGAGUACAAGCUGAAAGGAGAGUCCAUGCCAGACUCGGACAGCAGUGCAUUCAAAACCAAGUACGAGCAGCGGCUGCGGGAUGUGCGGCACCGGCGCGACCCCAACGUCACCUGCGGUGCUGGCUCGGAUGACGAGGAGGACGAGGACGAGUGA